UGUGCAAUUUCAGCAAUGGUGGAUGUUGCUCCAGCCCGUGGUCGUGGUGGUUAUGGUGGACAUGGGGGAAGGAAUGGUUCUCUUCAACAAUUCGACCGUCUGGUCCGCGAUGGCAAGAUUCGCAGCUUAGAGGAGAUCUACCUUCUCUCUCUCCCCAUCAAGACGAGCAAAAUUAGGGUUGGAAUCGAUUGUUUUCUUGGAAGUGCCCUUGAGGUUUAGAAAAUCAUGCCUACCCAGAGGCAAACCAGAGUUGGUCAUUGUACUUGCUUUAAACAGGCUGUUGUUGCUAUUGGUGACUGCAAAGGCCACAUUGGUCUUGCAAACAAGUGCUCUAAGGAAGUCGCCACUGCCAUUCGUGGAGCAAUCAUCAUGGCCAAUCUUUCUGUUGUACCCGUUCGUCGUGGUUACUGGGGUAACAAGAUCGGUAAACCCCAUACCGUCCCUUGCAAAAUUACUGGCAAGUGCGGCUCCGUCUUGGUACGUUUGAUCCCAGGCCUUUGCGGUUCUGGUAUCGUCUCAGCACCUGUCCCCAAGAAGCUUUUGCAAAUUGCUGGUAUUGAGGAUUGCUACACUGCUGCUCGUGGUAGCACUGGCACCCUUGGCAACUUCGCCAAGGCAACUUACGCUGCCAUCGCCAAGACGUACGCCUACUUGACACCUGAUUUGUGGACCGAGACUAUUUUCAACAGCUCUUCGUUCCAGGAACACAGCGACUAUUUGAUGAAGAAUCAUCGUCCCAUUGGUACUCAACGUCAAAAAGCUAAAGCCUAUUAAAAAAACUUAAAAAUUUGAAAUGUUGGC